UCAACCUAUCCUAUCAAACAAAGGGUGUGUGUUGUUGUGGGAUACAUAAAUACAAAACACAGCCUGUGUUUGUGUGAUACUUGACGACAGACUAACAAGGAUGAUGAAGAUGUCAGGAGGAGUCACGAGUUGCUGUGUAGCUCUGUUGCUUGCCCUGACCUCCGUGUCAGCUGUACAAAAGCUCAAAUCAAUCAAUGGUUUGAAGAAAAUCAACUUUGGCACAUCUGUGCCCAAGCACAGUCUUGUGCUGCUCCACUGGUUUGCCAACACAGUUGAGAUUGACAGUGACAAUGACAUAUGGCUGAACUUUGACCCAAACUGUGAAGAUUAUGGCUUACAUCACUACCGCAACGAUGAGAGGAUGUUGAACCAACUGCCUCGGGGAUACCGGUACUACACUAUUGGAAAUCUCUUGGAAGACACGUCUGAGCAACUUCCAGCUUAUGUUCGCAAUCCUCCAAGUGAGUAUGCGGGAGAUAACAGGGACAGGAUCAUAUUUAGAGUCCAGGACAGAGGAUGGAGAGGUUUGCAUAGAGUAGACCAAGUGUAUAUCACACAGCAUUAUGACACAUCUGAACACCAAGGGUCAAGAUAUGAUCCAGAUCAUACCUACCAGAUCACUACUAACCUCUUGAGACAGAUCAGAGAGUUUUCAGUAGAAGAAGAACAACAGUCACUGUCGUAUCUCAGACAUCGCUAUGGAAGAAACAUUGAUGACUUCCAGGUUAAUGACAUCAGAGACGAAUGGGGUGACCUUGUUUGCCUUGGACUACUGUUGUUUAUUGUGAUUGAAGAAAAGUACUCCUCUAACCAACGAAACAACAGAUCGGAAAACGAUAGAAGACCGGAAGAUAACAUCAGAUGGGAAAACAACAGUCCGGAAGACACCAGAUUGGAAAUCAACAACGGAUCAGAAGACAACAUAAGAUGGGAAAUUAACAACGGAUCAGAAAACACAGUGUGUGAGUGUCCUUGUAAUUGGCUAGUGAUCUGCUGUAUUGUAUUAUUCAUUUUAGCUCUAAUUAUUUUGUUGUGCAUUUAUUUCCUAAAGCGGUGAUAAAAAAAUUGGAGGACCAAUGUUUCUAGAUACUGUCUUGGUUGAGACUGAGACAGAGACUGUGGGUCUACACGCGACUAUCCUACAAUAUUAAUAUUGUAUAAUUGUAAUAUAUGUUAUAUAUUGUAAUAUCAUAACCUCGUGUGAUGGUGGACCUUUUCAAUGACGAUAAGAGCCAUGAUCAAUCACAACUUAAGCUGAUUGGGAACAGUGACAGUGGUAUUGAAAGCAAAACCUGAACUGAAAAAGUAAACAUUGCAAUCAAAACUACUUUCUUAAAAAAAAAAAAAA